ACUGAGUUCUCAGUUCAGUUCAGUCAGUCACAGUCAGUGACCGAAGUGAAUCGUGAGAGGAGUGUUCCCGCGCUAAAAAUAAUCAAAACAGCCGCGUCUUUACAAGGAAACUUCAAACUUACAAUUUUUGUGACAAACAGUAUGAAUUUUAUGUAAAAUUUAAAGGAGACGAGUCGUUCUCUGUGUCCGGUGACAAUUAUAAUGCAGUUUGAUUCGUAAAAGUUUAUUUUGCUGUGAUUUUGCUUUACCGCGUCCUGUGUCAUUUGUUUGUGAAUGGGUCAAACAGUGCUUUAGCUAUAUGGAAGGAUGUUAUUGACGAUUAAAUUCUAAACAUCCUUGACAUUACUCUAUUUAAUGGGAUUUUGUUAUUGGUGCAGGGCGUGUGUAAUGCGCGCUACAGUGUUUCUGCUCGCGGUUGCACUCUGCCGCGCCGGCUCGCUGGACUCCGAGCUUGGCGUUGGGAAAUCUAUUAACAUUUUUAUGAGAUAUGGCUACCUCAGCAUAUGCAUGCGAGUUGUGCCUCGCAACGACACAGAGGGCUGGGUGUUCCGCGAGCCGACGGUGUCCGUGUUCCGCGACGUCGAGAAAUAUGCGCUUGCGCCGAAGCCGCGACAGGCUAAGACGCUGUUCGACGGCGACUUUCAUAUGGAAUUCUGCGAUAACUUGAAGCAAUUGCUGCAAGCGUACUUUAGGGAUUUUAGCUUUGAGAGGUUAGAGAGACCAUGGCGCGCCUUCACCGCGGGCUGGCCCACGGACAUCAUGGCGCGAAAUUUGGGGAUUAACUCUUCGUUUAUUAAUGGCGACCAUUGUUACGUGCUGGUGAGGGUGUCUAGAUUCCGCGAAACAGCCAAGCUAAGCGACCUUCCACCGAACAUACCGGUAGAGGACGUGGUAUUUGACGCCAUUCAAGACACCACUAUCGGAGACACGGUGUCCAUAGCUGACUUCAUUAGAAAAUAUGGAUCGCACUAUAUAGCGUCUUACAUCACGGGGAAUUCCCUAUAUCAGGUAUUCGUGUUUUCCCGAGGCGUGUACUCCCGGAUAAAAGAGCGGGUUAAGACCCGGGGCGUGUCCGACAUCCCCCCCUCGGAAAUGAACAAUUUCUUCUCCCCCCUUUUCGCGGAACACGUUGGCGCCGUCAAGGUGUUUGUGUUCUCUAGAACCGCAUACUCUAUGAUCAAAGAGAGACUUAAAAGCAAAGGCGUUGCUGACAUAACCGCCAAAGAGUUGGAGGGUUACUUCUCGCCGUGGCAGGCUAAACAUAUUGGCCAGAUUAAGGUGGCCAGUGGGAACAAAACAGUUGAAAGCUGGGCUAUGAAGCGAUUGCGGGUACAUUAUUAUAUAUUUUCGUACCCAAGUCUACUUAAGUUGCACGGAGAGCCGGCCCUAUUGAGAAAUCUAGACACAUUGUUAGGAAAUGAAGCCUUAUUACAAUUAGAAUUAAAGACAUUAUCGCCUGCGUUCAAAGACGAUAAAAAGAAGCAGUGGUUCGAAGAAGUCAUAGACAAUUAUUUGAAAUUGUGGGAAAGCAACAUGUGAUGCGGUGCUAAACAAUUGUGUUGUGUUAACAAAAGACACUUUAGAUAAAAAAUUAUUGAUUUUACGAGAUAAAUAUAGUUAUUUUUGAUUCUGUGAUUGAUUUGAAUUUGAAUUCGAAUGUUUGAGACUCACCAGUGGAAGUACAAAAGUCAGUUUUAUAUAUUCGUCCAAUUUUUUUAUAUAAAAAUAUAUUUAAUUCCAUAGUGUAAAUGUGAUAUGAGAGUAUAUGAAUAUAUUAAAUGAUAUUUUUAUAUACAUUUAUGGCGAGAUGCCUAACUGCCAAGUAUUUCAUGCUUAUCAAUAUUUAUUAAUAAAAGCGCCAUCUAGUAGUAUUCUCUAGAACCUUUUAAGUGCAAUUUUGUAAAGUAUUAUAAAGUUUAAUAGCGAUAAAAGUCAAUUUUGUGAAAUAAAUCCUUUCCGACAUAUUUAAAUACUAAAUAUAAUAUCAUAUUACAAUACAAAUAUCAUAUUAUAAUAUUAAAUAUUUGUUUAUUUUAUGCAGGCUUAAUAUAAAUUAUAUUUCUUAAUAGUUUUCUACAGUUCAUUGUGUGUGUUUCUUUGGAGUUUCCAGUGGAGUUCCUUUUUAUGACAAAAAAUUUAUAAACACAAAAAUUGAUAGCAAAAUGAUUUUAAAUUACAUACGCUACAUAAUCAACAU